AUGCCCCCCAAAGGGUCGAAACCUACGAGCGACGAGCUCCUUGCCCAAUUUGACAACUUGGGUAUCGAGUCCACCACCGAUCCCUCUCCAACAACUGUCACAACUACCGCCCCCAAGACUGCAAAGGUCGAUGAGGAUAUUCUGGCCGAACUGGGCAACCUAGCUUCUCAGCGCCCGAGUAGCAGAGCUGGAACCCCGCGUACGUCGACUACAGAGCAGAGACCGUCGACGAAAUCACCUAAGCCCCCCGCGACCCCGGCAGGCCGCUCGAGUGAGGACAAAUCCGCGCCUCGGAAGUCGGGAGAAGUACAGCCUAGUGCUAGAGAGGAGCCGGCAGUCGAGGAGAAGCCGUCCUCGAAUGAUGGCGGCGGUGGGUGGUGGGGAGGUCUCUUUGCGACUGCCAGUGCUGCUAUGAAGCAGGCCGAGGCCGCCGUGAAGGAAAUCCAACACAAUGAAGAAGCCCAGAAGUGGGCUCAGCAGGUCAAGGGGAAUGUCGGUGCACUAAGAGACUUGGGCGGAGAGCUUCGCAGCAUGGCGAUGCCUACAUUUACAUCCCUCAUCCACACGCUUGCGCCCCCAAUUUCAUCCCACGAACGACUUCAAAUACACGUCACACACGACCUUUCAGGAUACCCUAGUCUUGAUCCACUUGUCUACGCGGUCUUUUCUCGUGUUAUGGCGCAAGUGGAAGGGGGCGACCUGCUAGUCAUCCAACGGGGGCAGGAGUCGGCGCCAAAGCGCGGACAAGACCACAGCGCAUCGACCGCAGGCUGGCACGAUGGCCCCUGGUGGCGAACAGUUACCCCAGGAAACCCUCGAAGUAUUUCGGCCGUGCCUGGCCUCGUGGAGGCAACCAAGCUUUGCCGAGCCAGCGCGGAGGGGUAUGCCGCCGAAUACUUCGCCGCAAAAGGUGGGGUGGAAGAGGCAGCGAAGCAAGCCACACAGGUUCUAAGUGAAACAAACCCUGUCCGAAGCAGCGACAUCUUUCUCGCCAUUCAGGCAGUCGUCCAGAAAUCCUCAUCGACAGGCGCAGAGCUCUUCCAGGCCGGUACAUCCACGGAGAAAGCCUCGCGCUCAGGCGCCGUGGACAUUUCCGACGCAAGCGACGACGAAAUCACCUUUGCCCUCUACCUCCACGACCCCAUCCACGGCAUCGCAUUCCACACCGUCUCCCAGGCCAUCCCCCAGAAAUGGGUUGAAUGGCUCGAUGCAUCCUCAACCCCAGCAGCACAUGACCAGGCAGAGCCAUCAUCAACGACAGAUGUCCACGUGCCUCGUGCCGUUGUUCCCGAAGAAAUCGCCGAAAUUGUCGAAGGCGGCGGCGUCGACCCGCGCGAGUGGGCGGCCGAAUGGAUCGAGGAAGCCAUCUCGCUCGCGACGGGUGUCGUCGCGCAACGCUACGUAGCACGGAGAAUGGGCGUUGGCGAGUCAGGAGCUGCGAAGGGGAAGAUGCGUGCCGAGCAGGCGUCUGUCGUGGAGAGUGGAGCCGGGGAGGCUGCGCGGGCGCUGUAG